UCUAAUUACUAAAAAUUAUAUAUUUUUUAAUCUGCAAAAUAUAUUCUCAAAAGUAAUGUUAAAAUGUACAUGAUAAAAUUUCAUACUAAUAUAUAAGUUCUUGAAUAAUAUUUUCUCUAAUUUUUUUUUAUAAAAAAUUUCAAUAUAAUUUGCUGUAUCGGACCAAAUCAAAGGAUAUGGCUCAUGAUAAACCGACAUCCCAAGAAAAUUGAAGGGAUUUUGUGGUUCUCAUCUUCACGGCAAGGUUCUGUGAUUGGCCUAGCCAUCUGUCACCGUUUGGGUUACAACUUGUAGGUGUCCAACAACGUCAGUCUAUGCCAAAUGUUGUAACAGCUUGUUCUUUGAGGCUGCCACCUGGAAAACUCUUGGCUUCUAUUGCCAACGCGUGUAAAAUGUAGAAUUAGUGUCCUUGCUUUCAUUCUAUAUAUUUAAGCAUCCACCUCUUCGGAAACCCUGCUAUAAUUUCUUUCCCCUUAGAAACAGCAAGUAUACUUAGUAGAAAAUGAGCCAAGGACAGCCCCGAAGGCCUCAAUACGAUCAGGAUCCUGUCAAAUACGGAGACGUGUUUGAUGUCCAAGGCAAUCUGGCCUCUGAGCCUGUUGCCCCAGGAGACGCAGCCACCAUGCAGUCAGCUGAGAACCUAAUCCUUGGGCAGACCCAGAGAGGCGGGGCCGCCUCUGUCAUGCAAUCUGCGGCUAACGUGAAUGUGAGAGCUGGUCUCGUCUACCCUGACGAUGCUAGUAGGGCAGUUAGAGAGGAGGGUGUCACAGUAACAGAAUCAAAUAUUGGCGGCACUCGCGUUGUCACUGAAAGAGUUGGCGGAGAGAUAGUGGGACAGCACCUUGAUCCAAGGGUACCCGCUGCAUAUCCUGGGUCAGCAUAUGAUAUUACAAUUGGUGAGGCUUUGGAGGCAACUGCUUAUUCUGCCACAGGAGACAAGCCGAUCGAUCAGAGCGACGCUGCAGCUAUAAAAGCUGCAGAGGUGAGAGCUCUUCGAAGUAUCGAGACACCUUCCACUGGAAUUGGCGCACAGGCGCAGUCAGCUGCUGAUCUUAAUACCAGGGUUCUGAGUGACGAAAGUAAGACCAAACUCUCCGAUGUUCUAGCGGACGCCUCUGUCCAGUUGCCUAGGGACAAACCCGUUACACGUAAUGAUGCUGAAGGUGUGAUUGCAGCGGAGAUAAGGAACAAACCUGACAUGAGGACCACGCUAGGUGGGGUUGCAGCAUCCAUGGCAGCUGCAGCUAGGCUUAACGAGAGAUCGUAGUUUCUCUCAUAUAUAUCUAUGGAUAUGGAGUGUGUGUGGAGUCACUGCCCAUGUAUAUUAUGGAAGGUCAAUAAGAAAGUUCGUAGUGAACUCUUGUGCUGGCUUAGGUUUUGCUUUUUGAUCUACUAUGUAUCUAAACUCUGCACGUUUAUGUUAAAUGGAGUUGGUUCUUCUAUUUUGCUCGAUCUGAUCCAUCCGAAUUUAUACCAUGCUUGUACCAAUUUUUCAGAGAGGCUUAUUUAAUUGCUUCUCUCUGGUGUUGAUUUCCUUGAAGCUUUGUAAUUUCUUGGCCUUUUUUCUUCUAAUAUGCGGUGUAGAAA